ACUAAAGACUAUGAGAAUGGACUUGGGAAUUGGGUCUGAUUUUGCACGCCUUGCUGGGAGCCACAGCCCACUCAAGCUUGGCCGAGUCAACCACUUGUCGCUGCUGAUUCCCGGCCAUCCCUACAGUCACAGCUUCGCCUUUGACCGAGAGAGCCUAGCCAGCCUCAAGACCAUCACCCUUACAGCUUCGAGACUGGUUCACCUGUCGGGCGACUAUCAUUGGCGCCUCUCCUGGCUUCGCUGCCUUUGCGAUCAACGCAAGUUACGAAAGCUAUGCUACUCGCAUUCCGAUCUUCACCUAACCAUUCUUGAUCAUGCCGAACGCAAGCGCAACUGGGACAUAGUCCUGCUCUCAAAUGCAAGCACGCUCGAGCACCUCGAGCUAUCAGGCGAUGUUGCUGCCGACACGCGGCUCUUUUCAGAGGCCACCCCGAGCCCCAAAGGGCUGCUCCUGCCCAAGGGCCGAUUCAACAGCCUGCCGCGCCUGAAACGGCUCAGAUACCUCGAGAUGCCCAUCCACCUGGUCUUCGGCGACAAGCCGCCUCCCCACAUCAAUCUGCCGCUCCGCCUCGUCAAGUUGUGUCUCUUUGAAGAGAGAGGACCGAAAGCCAGAGACCGCGAUUUACCUCUCGCCCUUCAGAACUUUGCGUACCCCGUUCUCUAG